AUGACCAACAUUAUCUUUUCUCUUCAGCCAACCUUUACCCAGGGCUUAAUUCUGGGCCAACUGUCGGUUCUCGUCCUCCUUGGCCUCAUUCUCAAAUACCUUUUCCUCGAUUCCACCAAAAACCCCUUCGAAACCACCUCUUACCAUCCCCAGUUCGACAGGAAACCUGCACGGAAGCAACAGGCACAAGACUCCCAGUCACAGUCAGAGAUAGAUGAUGUUGAAUCUUUGGACUGGUUCAACCUUUUGCUACAACAGGUUGCCAACGUCUAUCGCUCAAAACUUCGCGGAGAUCUCGCUGGUGCAGAAGGAGACGAAACUGCGAGGCAGAGAAUUGAAGCCUUUGCCAACAAAAUACGUCCAGCUGGCUUCCUGGACUUGAUCAAAAUUCACUCUGUCGAUUUGGGUGCGGGUGCACCGACUCUCUUUAAUGCCCGGAUACGCGAAAGCGAUCCCAACGACCCCGAUAGUCCUCCUGAAAUCGAAUUUGACGCCGUCUACGAAGAUACUCUGUCACUCUCUUUAUCAACGUCAUAUCUUUUCAACUAUCCUACCGCCUCCUUUGCCCGCCUGCCGAUAUCCUUGACGAUAUCCCUCUCUCAAUUCAAAUCCUCGAUACGCGUCAUUCCACCAACCCCGGAUUCUGUUGCGCCGGUCUUGACGUUCACCAUUUCCCCCGACUUCGUCCUCGACCUCACCACUACUUCUCUAAUGGGCAGUCGCGCAAAGCUCGCCAACGUCCCAAAACUGCACGAGCUCAUCCAGCACCAAGUAAGGAGGGUGCUCGGAGGCCGUGCAACAUGGAAGGUUGUCCUUCCAGGUCUUGCUAGUGUCGCUGAGGCAAAACAACAAGUGCUCAAACAAGAGCAAGAAGAAUCCAAACGACAGGAAGAAGCAUAA